CGCGUGCCACAAAGAUCGCGGCCGUAGAAGAAGAAGAGGUCCCACCUCCUGUCCAAUUACCUUGCUUCACCGAGUGCGCAUGCGCAGUUAUCUCAUGUGCGGUACGUCGUGCCCGGUGGAGGUCACAGACAUCUGAGAGGAAACUAAGUUUGCUGUCAUGGCGAAGCUGUUCGAGUCGAUCGGGAAGUUGGGGCUGGCCCUCGCCAUCGGUGGCGGUGUGGUGAACUCUGCCCUCUUCAACGUUGACGCAGGGCACCGGGCGGUCAUAUUCGACAGGUUCAGAGGAGUGCAAGAAAUUGUUGUCGGUGAAGGGACCCACUUCCUCAUCCCCUGGGUGCAGAAACCCAUUGUCUUCGAUUGCCGUUCCCGUCCACGCAACGUGCCUGUCAUCACCGGCAGCAAAGAUCUGCAGAAUGUAAACAUCACAUUGCGUAUCCUCUUCCGGCCGGUGGCCAGCCAGCUGCCACGCAUCUUCACCAGUAUUGGCGAGGACUACGAUGAGAGGGUGCUGCCGUCCAUCACCACAGAGGUCUUAAAGGCUGUAGUGGCUCGGUUUGAUGCAGGAGAGCUCAUCACCCAGAGAGAGCUUGUGUCCCGGCAGGUCAGCGAGGACCUUACAGAGAGAGCCAACACCUUUGGCCUCAUUUUGGAUGACGUUUCACUGACACACUUGACCUUUGGCAAAGAAUUCACAGAGGCUGUUGAGAUGAAGCAGGUGGCUCAGCAGGAGGCGGAGAGGGCCCGUUUUGUUGUAGAAAAGGCAGAGCAACAGAAGCAGGCUGCCAUCAUCUCUGCAGAGGGAGACUCCCAAGCUGCCUUGCUGAUCGCCAACUCCCUAAUGGCGGCCGGCGACGGUCUGGUGGAGCUGCGUAAGCUGGAGGCAGCCGAGGACAUCGCCUUCCAGCUCUCCCGCUCCCGCAACAUCACUUACCUGCCCCCGGGACAGAGCACGCUGCUCCAGUUGCCCCAGUGAUUAGCAUCUCGCCCCAACAUGUCCACACCACCACCACUCGUGAUGUCUCCACCUGUUACCCGAGCCUUGGAAGGGGUGGUUGGAGGAUUCACACACAUUCACUCUUUCUCUAACCAACUCUGGACUGGGCUCUGCUGACAGUAGCAUUGUAGGAGACAAAGUGAGAGGACUGAGAUGGACACAUUUACGAAGUCCACCCAUGUGUAAAGAAGUGGAGAGGGGUUAACUGCUAAAUCUGUGUUAGCCCCUUAUAUAUUAUACAUACUACUUUGUUUGGAGAAGCAUUGACAAUGCAGUAAACUCGCUAAAGAUGUGUCCUUUGCUUCAUUGUUUCCGAUUCAGAGCACUAGAUGUGUAGAAAACAACCGUGAUUAUUUACAUGGAGAGUAAACAGUGAUAAAAAGAUGAAAAGCUCUGUUAUUGUUGUGCCACAGUGUUCCAAACUGUUCGUUUAAAUAUAUUCAAAUCCGUAAUGAAAGGCUGUACUUUGCGUUCAAGUACUAAGACAUAACUGACUGGAAAUGGUUUGUUCUUCUGAAUCAAAAUUCUGACAUGCAUCUGCCUUGUCGCAAGUUUUUUGUCUUUCCAACCCCAGUCAAUUGGAAUGUGCCUGUCAGAAAGUAGAUAACGAUGAUGACAACAAGCCCCAUGUUUCACAAAUGGCUCAUCUUCAUAAAUAAAUUGUCUUUCUACCUCCCA